GUUUAAUAUAAACAAUUAAAAAGAAAAAAAAAAAUAGCAGUGAAAGUUAGAACAGUCAACAGCCGUUGCCUUGUUUAAGUCGAAGAACUCAUCUUUUGGCUGCCGCCAUUGUUAGAACUCGAAGCUCUCUCUUUUUCUCACAGCUUUUUCAACAAAAACAUCAGUCCAUGGAGAACGGAGAAAUCCCGGAAAACGCAAAUGAACAUUGUCCUGGUCCUCAAUCGGAGUCCGCGGGUAAAUCCGAUGCAUGCCAGGGUUGCCCUAAUCAAGAAGUUUGUGCCACUGCCCCUAAGGGUCCUGAUCCAGACUUGGUUGCAAUUGCAGAAAGAAUGACUACUGUGAAGCAUAAGAUACUGGUUUUAUCAGGGAAGGGAGGAGUUGGCAAGAGCACUUUCUCUGCCCAACUCUCAUUUGCACUAGCAGCAAAGAAUUUCCAGGUGGGUCUACUGGAUAUUGAUAUUUGCGGUCCAAGCAUUCCAAAAAUGCUUGGCCUAGAAGGUCAAGACAUUCACCAGAGCAACCUUGGCUGGUCUCCUGUUUAUGUGGAGUCCAACCUUGGGGUAAUGUCAAUUGGAUUCAUGCUCCCUAACCCUGAUGAAGCUGUCAUUUGGAGAGGACCACGUAAAAAUGGGCUCAUCAAGCAAUUCCUUAAAGAUGUAUACUGGGGAGAGCUCGAUUUUCUGGUUGUUGAUGCCCCACCGGGGACCUCUGAUGAGCAUAUCUCAAUUGUCCAGUUCCUUCAGGCUACUGGAAUAGAUGGAGCUAUCAUUGUCACUACGCCACAGCAAGUCUCUUUGAUUGAUGUGCGUAAAGAAGUUAGUUUCUGCAAAAAAGUUGGAGUAUCAGUUCUUGGAGUUGUUGAGAACAUGAGUGGCUUUUGUCAGCCAUUGACAGAUUUCAGGUUUUUGAGGAUGACAGGGGCUGGUGAACAUACUGAUCUCACUGAGAAGGUUAUCAAGUAUAUGAGGGAGAAAGCACCAGAAAUGCUAGAUCUCAUUGCUGCCAGUGAAGUCUUUGAUAGCAGUGGUGGUGGUGCAGCAAAAAUGUGUACAGAAAUGGGAGUACCAUUCCUCGGAAAGGUGCCAUUGGAUCCACAACUUUGCAAGGCAGCUGAAGAAGGUAAAUCUUGCUUUGCUGAACAGAAGUGCAGGGUAAGCGCUCCUGCAUUGAAGAAUAUUAUUGAGAAGCUGAUGGCAAAUAAUUGGCGUGAAGAAAUGUCUGUGGAACAGUAACCUACGGUGAACUAAUGUUAGGAGAUCUUUGUGGAGCAGAAAUUUGUUUGCAUGUUAUGUAAUAUGUUUUCCUCGUUCAUAAUUUUCUGGAAGUUUUCUGUGGGUUACAAUAGUUGAGUUAUAAAAGUUCAAUAAUCUA